UUUUCAUAAAUUUUUCUUACAGACAAAACUAAUUAAAAUCUCGAGUGUCCUGUCCUCCCUUCUAUGGCAACAAGGCUUCUCUCACCAAAGCUCCUCAACAACCUCCGCUCCUUCACCAGGCCUCUUAACUCUACCUCCUCCGCCUCCAUCACCGCCGUCUCACCCCUAAAUUUCGACGAAAAACCUGAACCCGCCGUCGCCCUCGAGAAGCAGCCAACCCAUAAUCAACCUUUUACCACAAAUCUUGACCUUGAUGAUCACCAAAAGCUUUUCGCUUCAGUUUCUACCUUCAAGCUUUUACGUUCAGCAGCCAACCUUGGGUUGGCCGCUAAUGAGCCUUUUGUCGAUUUUGGCAUGUGGGUUAUGAAUUCCAGGUUCAUGGAAACAAGUUUGAUACGUGAUAUUAUAUUGAAAACCGUAAAACAUACGUUCUUUGAACAUUUUUGUGCCGGUGAAACUAUGGAGGAGGCUGGGGAUUGUAUAAGGAAAAUCCACCAGGCUGGUUUGAGAGGGAUGCUUGUUUAUGCCGUUGAGCAUACAAGCGAUAACAGAGGUUGUGAUCGGAAUUUGGAAGGUUUUCUUAGGAGUGUUGAAUUCGCCAAGUCGCUUCCGCCUUCUUCUGUGAGCUUUGUCAUAGCAAAGAUUACAGCAAUAUGCCCCAUCCGACUGCUCAGGAGAGUUAGUGACUUGCUGAGGUGGCAAUACAAGGACCCUUUUUUCAAUCUUCCAUGGAAACUCAACACUUUUCCAAUUUUCUCAGACUCCAGUGCUCUAUAUCACACACUCGAAAAGCCUGAACCACUAACUCCACAAGAAGAGUUAGAUCUUCAAUUGGCCCACCAGAGACUUCUAAAACUCUGCCAAAAGUGUGUAGAAGAUAAUGUGCCUUUAACAAUUGAUGCUGAGGACACAUCACUACAACCUGCCAUUGAUUACUUUACAUACUCUUCAGCAAUCAUGUACAACCGAGAUGAUAAUCCCAUUGUUUACGGGACAAUUCAAGCAUACUUGAAAGACGCAAAAGAGAGGUUGUUUAUUGUAGCAAAAACUGCAAGAAAUCUGGGAAUUCCAAUGGGUUUCAAACUAGUAAGGGGUGCUUAUAUGUCUAGUGAAACGAAAUUAGCUUCUUCCUUAGGCUACGAUUCCCCAAUUCACAACAGCAUUCAGGAGACACAUGCAUGCUACAAUGCUUGUGCUUCUUUUCUGCUUGAGAGAAUUGCUGAUGGCUAUGGUGCAGUUGUUCUUGCAACUCAUAAUGUUGAGUCAGGGCAACUAGCAGCAUCGAAAGCACGCGAUCUAGGGAUCCAGAAGGGAAAUCAAAAGCUUGAAUUUGCACAGCUAUAUGGAAUGUCAGAAGCACUUUCUUUUGGUUUGAGAAAUGCAGGGUUUCAAGUUAGCAAGUAUUUACCAUAUGGACCUGUAGAUGUGGUAAUGCCAUACCUUCUAAGGAGGGCUGAAGAGAAUAGAGGACUACUAUCCACUUCAAGGCUUGAUAGAGCACUCAUGGGGAAGGAGUUGAAGAGAAGACUAAAGAACUUGCAAUUUGCCAAGUCAGAGAUGGCAUCUGCAUCUCCGAGUAGCAUGAAGGUAGAAAUAGGCACACAGUGAAAGCUUUAACCUGGUGGCUCAACAAUGGCUGUUGGGGAUGCUAUAUUGAUCUUAUCAGAAGGCAAUUUCUGCCAAGAAUGUAGAAAAAUAAACCAGAAAUAUUUGUAACCUUGGCGGACCGCCCAUAUAAAUGAAAUUUCAUAUCUCUAAUCUCAUAUCAA